AUGUCGGAGCCCGGCCGGCCAGCAACCGACUACGGUCUUCCUGACGACGAGAUUGUAGCCGAGAUCCCCGUAUUUCUGACCGAGAAGAUUGGAAAGAACCUGCACCUCCUGCAGUAUCCGCUCAAGGCCGGCAGCAUCGGCCCCGGCGAGCUGCGACCCAGCACCGCCCGCAUCAAGCCGAUUCACGGCCAGAUCGAAAUGGACAUUCCGCUGGAUGUCACUAGCCCCAUGUACAACCGCGAGCGUGGCCAGGAGCUCGGCAUCGGCCUCUCGGACUCUGGCCGCCUGCUCGACAUCCAGACAAUCGUGUCGGUCGAUAUCCCAAAAAGCAGCACUUACCUGGCCGGUGUGCUGAAGAACAGGGAGCUGCAUUUGACGCCCAUUGAGAAGAUCACCCAGCUCAGGCCUAGUCUGAAGUACCUGGACAAGGUCGCCGAGAAAGAGCGCGCAGCGAGCAAGCUUGACUACGACGACGAGGACACGAAGGAGGAAAAGCAGGUACAGACCGUGCAGGUGUCUGUGCGGUCGGCACAGGCGGAGGAGGCGCUGCGCCAGCAGCAGAACUCCAUCGCCAGCAUUCAAAAGCGCCUCGAGGAAGAGCCAUGGUCCAGCCUAACGUACUAUGACAUUGGCAGCGACGAGUCGGCCGCCGUCAGCUCGCAGCUCGUGGCGGCAAACACUGAGGACCUGAUCUGCAAGACCGAUCCCAGCGAGUACCUGACAACAAUCAUCGGCAAUACAUGCCCAGACGUGAACUAG